AUGAACAUGAAGCUUCUCUCCGGCGUUGUCGCCUUGGGCCUACUUCCGCUUGCACUUGCCAACUCAAUCCUCGUCACUUACCCCAAGGACACACCAGACUCUGUCAUUGAUAGCGCGAAAGAUUCAGUCAAGCAGGCUGGUGGCACUAUCACUCAUGAGUACUCCUUGGUGAUCAAGGGAUUCUCCGCGGACGCUCCCGAGGCAGCUAUCCAGCAGAUUUCGACGGAAUCGACAGAGUACAAACCAAAUAUCGAACAGGACCAGUCCGUAUCAAUCUCGUAA